AUGAUCAAAGCCUGCCUGUUUGAUAUGGACGGCUUGCUCCUGAAUACGGAGGACUUGUACACUGAGACUACAAACGAAGUGUUGGCGGAGCAUGGAAAGGGCCCGCUGCCUUGGGACGUGAAGAUCAAUCUCCAGGGCCGUCCAGGCACUGACGCGGCCAAGCACUUUUUGGAUUGGGCCCAGCUGCCCUACACACCUGAGGAGUUGUUUGCGAAAACCUCUAAAAUUCAAGAGACAAAGUGGCCACGUGCUGCGUUUAUGCCUGGCGCUUUAGAGCUGCUACAGUUUCUUGAUGAAAACGAUAUUCCCUUCGCCUUGGCAACCUCCUCACAUACCCUGAAUUACCAGCGAAAAACAGACCAUCUACGCCACGGUUUUGAUCUGUUCAGACACCAUGUUGUCACGGGCGAUGAUGAGCGCGUUCCGGCUGGGCGUGGCAAGCCGCACCCUGAUAUCUGGCAUGCUGCUCUCGAGUCUCUAAACAAGGAGCAGAAGGCGGCUGGGAAGCCCCUCAUCGAGCCCCACGAGUGCCUUGUUUUUGAAGACGCUGUUCCUGGUGUACGUUCAGGUGUUGCUUCCGGCGCUACCGUCAUUUGGGUGCCUCAUCCAGAAGCUAUGAAAGUUCUGGGUCGAGAGGAAGCCGACAGGAUCAUUGGCGGUCACGGGGAGAUUCUGACUUCUUUGGAGCAGUUUGACAGGGCAAAAUACGGGCUCGUCAAGCAGAAAUAG